UGAGAGCUCAUUUGAGCCUUCCCGUUCUCUUCCUCUAUUUCCAUGCUUCUUGCUCUCCAAAUUUCUCCAGUGUCUCGCUUCUCUGCUUCGACAUAUAUGGAUUUUCUCAUUGACCCUUUUGAAUAACACCCAUAUUUCCUCUCUGUUAACCACAUAUUUCUCUCAUCCCUCCCAGACUCUGCAAACCCAAAGAUGGAUUCUUUCAAUCUUGCAAAUCUCAAAGCCGGGAAAGUUAAUGCAAUCAUGAAGCAACAAAAGCUCCGAAGGAUUGCCAACUUGUUUCGCCUUGUUGAGGUCUGUGUUGUUCUGUUCCUGAUUUCAAGGAUUUCCUUCCAGGUUCCGGUUGCCGUCAAGAACUCCAGCGACUACUUUCGGGGCUUCUCGGUCUUCAUGGUCAGUCCCCGGUUUGUUUUCGUGAUCGGAAACGUCAUCAUCAUCACACUCUUCGCCCAGUCACGCCAAUUCUCAGCACAGGGUUCUAAAUCCAAGAGUUCAGAGAGUGAUCUUUACCACCAGUUCAUCCAAAGUAUCACAAAGAAUCAGAAAACCAAAGAAGAACGGAACAACUUCCCAGAAAAACAGAGCAUGAGAGCAAAGUAUGAAGGCAAUACCAAACACCCAGAAAAUCAGAGUAUAAGAACCAAGGAUCCCACAAAGGAUCAGAAAACAGUGAUCAACGAAAACAAUAAAAUUCACCCAGAAGGCAUGAAGAAGGAGAUAUUAGACGAAGGGAAGAUCAAGUGGCUUGAGAAAGAGAAUGUAAGAGCAAGGGACAGGAAGUGUUUGGAUUAUAGAAGGUGCGACACAGAGAAAUUAAUGGAAGUCAAGAGAGAGAAACCUGGGAGUGUCCUAAGACGAUCGGAGACAGAGAAGAUCACAAGUUCAUACGAAGAGGACGGGAUGAGCAACGAGGAGUUUCGUCGAACUGUUGAAGAAUUCAUCGCUCGGCAACAGAGGCUGCGAAAGGAAGAAGAGUACUCUGUAAUUUGAGUCUCGAAGGAGUUCUUCGCAAGUGCGUCAGUUACCGCUAGCAUGUAAAUUACUUAUUUCUAGUUGUGAUUAAUAAUUACCGCUGUUUUUACCUUCUUUUUUUUUUUUUUUCCAUUCAAGUCAUGCUAUGUUAUCCGUGGAAUAGAUGUGGAAAAGAUUGUGUGAAUGUAAUUAUUAUUAUUUUUUUUUGACCAACUGAAUGUAAGUAUUUUUUAGUUGAUCUGAAAUUGUGUGAAUGGGUUGUAUAUAUCUUAAUCAAUCUUAUGAGGAAAUGAAAAUUUGGGUUCUCUAUUGGACAA